GAUUUAUCUUCUUUUUGUUUAACUUAUAGUAGCUAUUUUAUUCCAAAAAUAGCAAUAUGUUGCCGUAAUUAUCGACGAAACCUUCGUGCUCCAUACGUUUUAGCUGCAUUACUUGACAAAUGUCAACAGCAGGCAUUGUUUAACGAUGUACAACAUUUGGUCGAAGAAUUAUAUUUCGCUGUUGACAACUAUUCUCAAAUAUUUAUCUAUUUAAAAAGUUAUUUCAGGACAAAGCAGUUACUGUCGUCUCCAUCUUUGCCAAUACGUCUUAUUGUUCUUGAUAUACUUAAGCAGUGUUUAAUUAAUAUUCGUUAUUAUGAAAAUGAAUUAUUGCCUAUGAUCCACCAGAACUGGCCUGGUAUUCGUGCUCGCUUAAAUGAUUUGGAGCUUAUUGUGAGAGGAAAGGCUAUUGCAACGAUGUGUAGACUUUCUGGAUCAUUUGUUUAUCAUCGAUUUAAAAAUGAUGCAUGGCCUCUUAUUCGAUCAUAUAUGCUUGAUCAGAGCAAAUACAGUAAAAAGGCUGGAAAAGGAUAUCACCAUUUAUCUGCUUUCGCUUAUCAAAAAACAAUAUUGCAGUGGUCUGUUUAG